AAGUCAUAGCAGAAGAAGAACUUUGAUUCAUUGAGACAUUGAGAGUUCUUUUGUUCAUCAUGAUCCUUUCACAUUAUCUGGAAGUUGAAUUUGACAGAAGCUGAUCAGUUUUGACGGACCUAAAAAUAAAAUGAGUGGUAGUAAGGUCGUAGAUUUCCAGUACCAGUUCACCAGUAAGAACCUGACCUCCACCUUGACAGUUCCUGUAACCAUUCCCUCCCCCCAGUCAGCGUCCGACCUUGUGGGUCGACUUAUCAACGCCCACAAUCUGCCAUGCUAUGUAGAGGAAGAUUUAAAGACUAAGCUAGAGGAAUUUGUCACAGAUCAGACCAACAAACUUUAUGAUGAAAAUGCAGAGAAAGCCCUACAAAGGCUGAAAAAUGGGGACAUUAGCAUAGAUGAUGUUGUCAGCAAAUGGAACAAGGCCUUUACAGAGGAGGUAAAAUGUUAUGCCAAGCCAGAGGCGGUGACAGAGGAGCAGGUUUUUUCAGAGGUGUAUCAUAGUUUGAUCCACUCCCCUGCCCUGGACACACUUCUUAAUCUGGAGCACACAUAUGCCCUCACCAUUGAAGAUCUAAUACAGCAGAGAGAUAAAGAUUUAGAACACCUGGAUGAGAGGCAAAGAGAAGAGAUGGAGGAUGCCAUGAAAAAUGCUGGCACUAAAUACACAGAUGCUCAAGUAAACCAACUGGCUCAACGACAUAUUGACAACUCACAGUUGAUAAGUGGAAAGUGGAGUAGUGAGUUGUCAAAUCUAAAAGACACACAGAAGAGGGAAUUUAGAGAGUGGGUACUCAAAGUCCAUGAGGAUACACAGUCCCCCUCUAAGUCCACAUCUUAUCUGAACAGAGUGCGGGCCCUCAGCAGUAGCCUUCCUGAAGCAGCAGAGAAUGAAAGAGGGGCCAGCUCUAUCAGAAUGGAGGAAAGCUUCACAAUACACCUUGGUGCACAGAUGAAAACGACACACAAUUUGCGAUUGCUUUGUACAGAUGUCCUUGACCUUUGCCGACACAAAGCACACACUGUAGGGGGUAUGUUGAUUCCACAACCACAGAGAUUACAGACUGCCAUGUCACUGUAUUCUAAUGAUCUCUGUGCAAUGAUAAUGAUGGUGGACAAUAGACUGAAUUCAUAUACAGGAUUGAAAAGAGAAUUUGCCAGGGUUUGUGAACAGUCAACAGAUUUCCACUUUCCGGAUCUGGAACAACAGUUUGCAAUCAUAGAACAGGAGCUUGCACUUGCCAGUGAGUAUCGCCAACAAAACAAACAUACAGAUGAUGCAGAUAAAGCCAGCCUCAAGAGCAGUAGCAGCACAUCUAGUGAGGAGAAAAAUAAUGGCCUGCGAGCAGGAGACUUCUAUCUGACCAAACAUUCCAAUUUGUCUGAGGUCCAUGUUGUGUUUCAUCUGGUGGCAGAUGAUGGCAAAAAAGCAUCAGAGAGCGUCAAGUCAUCCGACAUUUCAUCUCGCCAUCCAGUCAUACUCAGCAUCAGGAACAUUAUCAAGCUCUGCUUCCGUUAUGACAUCAACACCCUGACCAUACCUCUUCUUCUCUCAAAUGAAAUGACAGAGGAGAUGACUAUUCCCUGGUGUCAGAAGAGAGUGGAGCUCAUGUUUAAGUGUGUCAAGGGCUUUAUGAUGGAGAUGGCAGCCUAUGGUGGAUACAAGUCUCGUAACAUUCAGUUCCUUGUUCCUCCGGGAAUAUCAGAGGACAUGUUUUCUGGAAUCAGCUCCAUGCUCCAGACAAUAUUUAGACUGUCCAAUCCAGUUGUGAUAAAGUGAAGCUGACAUUAGACAGCAGUCAGUUAUCAUCUCUAAAAACAGAUUCUUGUGAAGAAAUAUUGACCAUAGAUUGAAUGUUGUCUAACAGUUUAUUAUGUGCCAUUGUGAAUUUUAUUGUAAAAGGCAGGAAAAAUACUGGAAGGGCUUUGUGUGCAAUAAUAAAUUAGUUCACUGUAACAUGAAAAUGUAUAAAAUAUGAAUGUAUUAAAGAUGGAAUAUAAGUA